AAUGUUGCUACUUUAUACCUUCAGUAAACCAUAAAAUCAAUAUCAAUCACAGUAAGCAAUGAGUGUACCUGCAUCAAGUGGAGGUGCAGCACAAGCUACAAUCAAUCUGUCACCAGCAACAGCUAUAGGUACGACAACAACAACACCAGCAGCAGCAGCAGCAGCAGUUGCCCCACCAUCAACUGCACCAGCACAAGCACCAGCUACCACCCAAACCGACCUCAAUCAACCGCAACCAGAGAGAAAAGAAGCCAUAGUUCCAAGAGAUGUCCGUCUUCUUCAUCUUAUCUUUGCAACACAAGGUAUACAAAACUAUCAAGAUCAUGUCCCACUUCAACUAAUGGAUUUUGCCCAUAGAUAUACCAAAUCCGUACUUCGUGAUGCUUUAGUGUAUAACGAUCACGCUAAACCAAUAAAUACAAACACCAAUUUAAACCCUAAUUCAAAUACUACAGUGAAUACCGAUGAUAUAAGAUUAGCCAUUGCUGCUAGAAGUAACUAUCAAUUCAAACCUACUCCACCGAAAGAAUUAUUAUUGGAAUUGGCUCAGGAAAGAAAUUCAAGACCAUUGCCCCCAGUUAUACCUAAAUGGGGAUUGAAUUUGCCUCCUGAAAAGUAUUGUUUGACCGCUAAGGAUUGGGAAAACCUUGAUGAAGAGCCAGAUUUGGAUGAUGAAAGAAUUAAAAAGAAGGCCAAAUCUUGAAUUAUGACGAAGCCAGAGAGCAAAUCUUAUUUACAGUUUGUAAGUUUAUAUUAUAAUUAUGUAUUAUAGAAAAUUUGACGUUAUUCAAUG